AUGAAUGGAAGUAGUGGAAAUAUCAACAGAAGACAUUGUCUAUAUGACGAAAGCAAAUUAUUAUCACAAGUGAAAAGGCGACGAUUCCGGAGUGAAAAUAAAGAGAUGGAUAUUGCGCAUAUCGAUAGUGAGCUGGACGGUUUGGAAACAAAAUUUGAAUCGAAUAGUGUUUGUGUACUAGCUUCACUUGAUGGUCCAUCGUGGUAUAAGCAUGAAGUGACUGACAGCAACUUAAACAACAAUGAUGUGACUGAUUUAACACCAAUGUUAAAAAAAGUGGGAGAGGUGUUAAAUCCGAAGGUCGCUAAAGGCGAAGCAAACCCUGCUUCUAAUAGUGGUGACAGUAUACAGGCUGCUUCAGAUGAAGAUUUUAGUUUUACUCGUGCAAGCGUCCCACACUCAAGCAUGCCUAUUACAUCUUCGUGUAGUUUGUUUUUACAGAUAUUGUUUCCAUUCGUUCCUGCUGGUCUUGGGAUGGUUUUUGCUGGCUUUGUUCUUGAUAUUGUGCAACACUGGAAUCUGUUUGUCGAAGUACCUGAAACAUUCAUUUUGGUGCCUGCAUUACUUGGCUUGAAAGGGAACCUUGAAAUGACCUUUGCAUCCAGAUUAUCAACAUUGGCUAAUACAGGACGGAUGAACUCAAAUCCAAAGAAGAUUAUUAUUGCAAACAUGGCUCUUAUUCAAGUACAAGCAAUUGUUGUAGCAUUCCUCGCUUCCAGCUUUGCUGUUGCGCUUGCGUGGAUACCAAAAGGGCAGAUUGAUUGGUCUCAUGCUUCUUUAUUAUGUGCAAGCAGUCUAACAACAGCAUCACUGACAUCGUUAGUGCUUAGUACGGUGGUGAUAUGUGUCGUUUUAAUUUCACGAAAUUUCGCCAUAAAUCCCGACAACAUUGCAACACCAAUUGCUGCCUCAUUGGGUGAUCUUACCACCUUAGGAGCUCUGUCAUUAUUAGGUUCGAUAUUUCUUCAUGCACAUCUCAACGAGACUUGGCUUAAUGUUGGUGUAGUUGUAACAUUCAUAAUGGCAACACCAUUCUGGAUUUAUUUAGCCCGAAAGGAUGAAGGUACAGCCAAUGUGUUAGAAAAUGGUUGGUCACCUAUUAUAUUUAGCAUGUUAAUAAGUAGUACCGGUGGUUUUGUGCUGGAAAGUACCAUCAAACGAUUUCCGAAAAUUGCGAUGUUCCAACCUGUUAUAAACGGAGUUGGUGGUAAUCUUGCAGCUAUUCAAGCUAGUCGUCUUUCUACAUUCUAUCAUCAACACUAUCCAUUUGGAACACUAAGCGAGGCUUUAUCAAGUCACUUAAGUUGUAAACGUGCACUUUUUUCUGAUGAUCUAGAUGCGCGUUCAGCUCGUGUGUUGCUGUUGUUUGUGGUUCCUUGUCAUAUGUUCUUCAAUUGGGUUAUACAGAUUUUACACAAAGGGAGUAGUCUACCAUCUGGGCCACUUUUUACUAGCAUAUAUAUCUGUGCAGCGUUAGUUCAGGUUUUAUCACUGCUUUAUGUGUGUCAGUUACUCGUUGCCUUGUUAUGGUCAAUAGAGGUGGAUCCAGAUUGUGCUGCAAUACCAUAUUUAACAGCCCUUGGUGAUUUGUUUGGUACAUUUUUACUAUUUUUAAUAUUUUCUUCUUUUUCUUGGUUUAGCAAAGGUCGAAAUUUUCGAUGA